GAUGAGAUCACAUCCUCUUUUUGAGGGAUAGAUAUUUAGACUCGGGCACUUUCCUCAAGGGUGGGAGAGAGAGAGAGAGAGAGAGAGAGAGAGAGAGAGAGAGAGAGAGAGAAAGAGAGAGAGAGAGAGAGAGAGAGAGAGAGCACAGCUGACCUUCAGAGAGAAAAGCAAAGAAGCAGAUAUCCAAUAGGCAGCCUGUUUAACGGAGCAGAGCAAAGUGUGGUAGAACAAGGCAAGGUAGAAGAGAGAGAAAGAAACAAGUCAAUAAGAAAGAAGCCCUCAGUGAGAGAAGAAAGGACUUCAGAGGGCAGUACCAACAACAGGACAAUGAAGGCUGAGCUAGGAUACUGCUCUCUGCUUCUUCUUCUUCUUCUUCUUCUCCUUACCAUAGAUGUUUGGGGACAGCGGACCAGACAGCAGGCCCGACCUCGACCAAAACCUCCUAUCAGCAAGAAGCCUCACAAGAAAGAACCAGAACCCAAGGAGCCCACUGACUUUCCUCCUGUUAUCCUUGGUCCACCUUCUUCAUUCCCAGACUGCCCAAGGGAAUGCCUGUGCCCCCCUUCCUUCCCAAAUGCCUUGUACUGUGAGAACCGCAACCUCCGCAAGGUCCCAGUUAUCCCGCCACGCACCCACUAUCUCUAUAUACAGAACAACUAUAUUGAUUCAGUGACUGCAGACUCCUUUAGCAAUGCCACAGAUCUCAAGUGGAUAAACCUAGGGAAUAACCGCAUUCGGUCAAUGGAGAAGCAAGUGUUUGAGAAACUUCCAAACCUGCUGUAUCUAUAUAUGCAGAGGAACUUUUUAAAGGAAAUCCCAAACAAUCUGCCUGCUGGCUUGGAGCAACUACGGCUCGGCCGUAAUCAUAUCUCAAAGAUCGCUCCUGGAGCUUUCAACAAGAUGGAACACCUUGUUCUACUGGACUUGCACCAUAACAGGAUCAGCGACAGCAACCUGGCCAAGAAUAUCUUUAAAGAUCUUAAGAAUCUUGUCCAACUUAACCUGGCCCACAACAUCCUAAGGAAGAUGCCUGCAAAUAUACCCAACAGCAUUUCCCAGUUGUUCCUGGACAAGAACAAAAUUGAGGACAUUCCCCUGAACUAUUUUAAGGACUUCACAAACCUAGCCUUUGUGAGACUUAACCACAACCACUUGACUGACAAGGGCCUCCCAAAGAUGAUAUUCAAUAUUAGCACACUGCUGGAUUUGCACUUGGCGCACAACAAUCUGACAACCGUUCCAUUGUUCAACGCUCACCUGGAGCAUCUACACCUUAACCACAACCAUAUUGAGACUAUCAAUGGAACAGCGAUCUGUCCCUUUACACUGAGUGAGUAUUUUCAUGAUCCUGACAACAUACCCAGACUGAGGUACCUGCGGCUGGAUGGUAACCACUUGACCCCACCCAUCCCAUUGGACGUCAUCAUGUGCUUUAGACAUCUCCACUCAAUAGUGAUAUAGAGGACGUCUGAAAUCUUUCCGAUGCACAAUGCUCCUGUUCACUUGAUGGUACUGACUGAAUUAACAGUACUAUGGGAAAUACAAACAAAUAGCAAUAUCCAGUUGCUUGAUAGCUUCAAGAAUGAGCUUCAAAAAAGCAUAUUUAUUAAACUUUAAAUAGGAACAACUGCUUUGAGCAUGUCUGCAUUAAAGAUACACAUUUGAUGUUAUGUUCUUAUGAUGCAACAGUAUUAACUACAAUUAAAUAUCUAUGAAAUGAAGGUGCAUUAAUUGACAUGCAGUUUUCAAUCUACAUUGUAGUUAUGAAUAAUGUACUGAAACAGCUAAACUGGCAUGAAAAGGCUGCCGAUAUACUCUACUCACUGACCACUUGUACAUCUGCUUAUUCAUGCAAUUAUCCAAAUCAGUCAACCAUGUGGUAGCAGCACAAUGCCCAAAGUCAUGCAGAUACAGAGCAAGCUUCUGUUAACGUUCUGCAAACAUCAGGAUGGGAGGGGGGGAAUGUUAUUACAAUAACUUUGACUAUGGCAUGUUUAGUUGAUUUGAAAAUUUCAGAAAAUGCUGAGCUCGUGGAAAGUUUACGGCUCUAGAGUUUACACAAAAUGGUGGAGGAAAAAAAAACCCUUCAGUGAGUCAAAGGUCUGUGAUUGGAAAUGCCUUGUUGAUUAAAGGGCCAGAGGAGAACAGUCAGAAAAAACUUGCCAGAGUGUUUAAAGCUAACAGGAAGGCUAUGGUAAACCAAAUAAUUACUCUCUACAACUGUGGUGAGCAAAAAGGCAUGUCAUAACGCACAGCGUACAGAAAAUGGAUGGGCUACAAUAACAGAGGACAACAUCAGAUUCAACUCCUUUCAGGAAUGUGAAGCUACAAGCUCAGAUCAACAGACCAGUCAAAGGUUUUUUUUUUUUUUCUUGUUUUUGACGGUCAGGAGUGGAACACGAUUGUUGUUCUGUAGCCCAACUACACCUGACACAUAGAGCUGAUAAAGGCGUUAUGCACUGGCACACGGGCCAGCACAUCACUGUGUAACAGUCAGUCAAAGGACUUUGAGGUGACUAAUGGGGUGAAACAGGGAUGGGUGCUUGCACCAACUCUGCUCUCUUUAAACCUCGCAGCUAUGCUUGAGGUAGCUUUUAAAGAUGUGACUGAAGGUGUCUAUAUACAAACAAGGAAGAAUGCAAACCCAUUCAAUGUUGUUCACUUCAAAGCAAAAACCAAGACAUCACUCAUGAUUGUGUGAGAAAUGCUCUUUGCAGACGACAGUACCCUGGUUUCACAUAGUGCUAGUGAUAUACAGAUCCUUGAUGACAAGUUUGCCAGAGCAACAGAACAAUUCAGUUUGAAGAUCAAGGUUAAAAAAACAGAAUGCCUAUAUCAAUCACCAAAACCCCAGACUACAACUUCCCAUCAUCUAGAAGUGAAGAUAAACAACGAGCCACUCACGACGUAUAAGAGGUUAAUAUACCUAGGUAGUACCAUUGCUGAGAAUGCCAGACUGGAUCAGGAGCUCACACUUAGAAUGGGAAGAGCCAGUGCAGCCUUUGGGGAAACUCCAACAGAGACUAUGGAAAAAUCGUCAUGUCACCAUCCGUGUAAAAUGUCAAGUUUAUAGAGCUGUAGUACUCUCCAACCUUCUUUAUGGUGCAGAAACUUGGGCCAUCUAUAGGACUGAUGUGAAGAUGCUUACAUGAUGCGUCACUUGAGACAGAUUAUGAAUAUAUCCUGGAAGGAUAAGAUCUCCAACAAGGAACUCCUUGAGAGAGCAGGUCUCCCAUCUAUGAAAGAUAUACUAACACGAAUGAAUCUCAAAUGGUUAGGCCAUGUGGAAAGAAUGGAACAUGAUCACCUACCGUACCUAGGCAGCUACUCUACUCUCAGCUGUAUGAGGGAAAACGUGACUGGGGAAGGCCUCGGCUUAGGUUUGAAGACACUAAAGAGGAACUUGAAAUGUAGGAAAAUUGACCCUCGCUUGUGGAAAAUAUUUGCCACCAAUAGACAAACAUGGAGGACUUUGAUUUGUCCCUGAUGCCACAUAAAACAGUCAUUGUUGUUAUCGAUGGACUGCAAAAGAAAAAAAAAGAAGCCCAACUACAUCAAGGUUCGGCAUGUUAUCCAUUCUGAGAUGCUCUUCCGCUCACCACGGUUGUAAAGUGUGGUCAGAACAACAACAACAGCGAUUUUAUUUAUCACAUGCACACUCAAGCCAGGUGAAAUUCCUCCUCUGCAUUUAACCCAUCUGAAGCAGUGAACACACACACCCAGAGUAGUGGGCAGCGAUUCUACAGCACCUGGGGAGCAGUUGGGGGUUAAGUGCCUUGCUCAAGGGCACUUAAGCCCAAGGCUGCCCCAUGUUAACCUAACCACAUAUCUUUGGACUGUGGGUGAAACUAAAGCACCCGGAUACAAACUCCACACAGAAAGCCCCCGUCAUCCACUGGGCUCAAACUCAGAACCUUUUUUUUUUUAAGAAGAAACCUUUAUUCGUCACAUGCACACUUCAAGCACAGUGAAAUUCAUCCUCUGCAUUUAACCCAUCUGAAGCAGUGAAGACAUGCACACACCCAGAGCAGUGGGCAGCCACACCAGAGCGCCCGGGGAGCAGUCAGGGGUCAGGUACCUUGCUCAAGGGCACCUCAGCCCAAGGCCACCCCACGUCAACCUAACUGCAUGUCUUUGGAUUGUGGGGGAAACCGGAGCACUUCUUGCUGUGAGGCAAUAGUCCGAACCACUACACCACCAUGAAACAGGCCAGUCAAAGUUUUUUCUUGUUCAUGACUGACAGGAGUGGAACCUGAUUGUUGUUCUGGAGCCCAACUGCAUCAAGGUUUGGCAUGGUAUCCAUUCUGAGAUGCUUUUUCACUCAUCACGGUUGUAAAGCAUGGUUAUGAGAGUUACUAUAGACUUGCUGUCAGCUCGAACUAGUCUGGUCAUUCUCUACACGAUUGGCUGAUUGGAAAGUUACUUAGCUGAGCAGGAGUACAGGUGGUGUUCCUAUUACAGCUGUCAGUGAGUGUAUGAGGACUAAUUAAAGGAACAUCGUCACUUUAAAAGUUGAAGAUACGGAACUGGGAACAACGUGACUACAUUGUAGUUUAAACUAUGCUUAAUGUGCUUGUGUGUUCAAGGUCAUGUAAAAUAAUAGGAGUAGUAAUAAUAAUAAUAAUAUUUCAUGUUGUCUCUUGCCUUUUUGCAUCUUCUGAGUAUAAAUAAAACCUGUUCUGAACUA